ACUUAUUUCGGCUUUUUCACGUAAAUUUCGGUUUUGAGUAGCUGAGUUGGGCAUUGCGGUUAGCGAAGAGCGGACCAUAAGGCAUCUCUCGUUUACACUCAAGACCUUUGUUUCUUAAUUUUCAGAGAUAAUGUUGGCACAGAAAUCCCGUCUCGUUCACCGGCUGUUAUCUUCGAGUGGACGCAGAUCGGCGGCCAGAUGCAGCCGGGGUCUGGCGAGCGGAGGGGGCAUCGUUCCCUCCCCUGUGCCUGACCUGGACCUUCCCGCGGGCAACCUUGUGAAUUACGUCUUCAAGGACAUAGCCAAAUGGAACGACAGAAUCGCCACAGAGUGUGCGCUGACGGGGCGCCGGUACACCUACGCGCAGUUGCAUGACCGAAUGGCACGUUGGUCUGGCAUGCUAAGGAAGCUGGGCGUCAGCAAGGGGGACGUGGUAGCGAUGGCUCUGCCCAACAGUCCCGAGUACCCGAUCGUGUUCUUCGGCGCUCUCGCUCUCGGCGCCACCGUCACCACGAUCAACAUAACGUAUACAGCCGAGGAGAUCGCCCGUCAGCUCGAGGACAGCGGCGCCCACGUCCUCGUCGGAGAGCCCUUCCUCACCCCGACCUUAGACGCCGCACUCAGGCUGUACAAGAAGCCCACCCACUUCGUGACGAACGGCCCCUCCUCGUCACCCACGGCCAUCAACCUGUGGCAAGUGCUCGAAGACCCCUCGGUGCCCUUCGUCGAUCCCGUCGCACUAACAGGGGAAGAGUCAGCUGUCCUCCCAUACUCGAGCGGUACCACGGGGCCUCCCAAGGGCGUGCUCACCACACACAAUGGGUUCUCGUCCCACUUACCCACCGUAAUGCACCCUUACUUCACCCUCGAAGAAGGCGAAAACCAAGACGUGUACAUGUGCGUCCUGCCGUUCUUCCACAUCUACGGCAUGGGGCCCAUUAUGACGUGCGGCCUCCACGUCGGCGCCAAGCUGCUCAUCUCGGCCAAAUUCGAUCCCAAGACGUUUGUUAGAGAUAUUCACGACCAUCAGGUGACCGUCAUGCAUUUAGUUCCGACGCUAUUAAACUUCCUGCUGAACUCCCCGACGGCGACACCCGAGUCCCUCAAGUCCCUUCGAAACGUCAUGUGCGGCGCCGCCCCCGUACCUGCGAGCGCCGUGGCCGCCCUCAAGGACAAGCUAGGACCCUCUCUGCUUUUCCAGAUUGGCUACGGCAUGACGGAGGUGGCGGUGGCAAGCAAAGUGCCGGUGAAGGACGAGCGCCCUGGCACCAUCGGCCAGCUGCUGCCCAACGUGACUGCCAAGGUGGUGGACGUCGAAACGGGCGCUCUCCUGCCUCCCCUCGCCGACGGGGAGAUCUGCAUCAAGACCCCUUCGAUGAUGGCCGGCUACCACAACAACCCCGCCGCCACCGCAGAGACCAUUGACGCGGAGGGCUGGCUGCACACCGGCGACGUCGGACACUAUGACCACGACGGCUUCUUCAAGAUCGUUGACCGCACUAAGGAGCUCAUCAAGGUCAAAGGUCUGCAGGUGUCGCCUUCGGAGUUGGAAAACAUCCUUCUUCAGCAUCCUGACGUGGCGGACGCUGGUGUCCUUGGUGUGCCGCAUGACAGGAUGGGCGAAGCACCCAGGGCCUACAUCGUCACCAAGAAAUCCAUAAAAGAAGAGGACAUUAACAACUUCCUAGAGCCCAGAGUCGCGCCGCACAAGAGACUGGUGGGCGGCAUCGUGUUCGUGAGUGAGCUUCCGAAAUCUGCGACUGGAAAGCUGUUAAGAAGAGAGCUUAAGAAACUCGCCUAAUAUUCAUACAAUUAUGAUCAGUACACGUGUAUAAUUGUAAAUAAAACUAGUUGUAUAGGCUCUCGGGUGGAAUAUUAUGGCAUUGGCCUCAAAACGAUGAUUGGAUUAAGUAAGACGUGGUUGUGAAUUAUAAAUAAAUGUGAAAAAUAAUUCUUUAAAUUUUCAUCUACACGUAUAUUUAAUUGUCUAGUUGUCUGGUUGUUAAUGCAUCUUUGUGUUAAUUCCCAUAAUAAUAAUUCGUCACUUCAUUACAUACAGAAUAGAAAAUUUCAGUAAUUCCAUCGGUUUUGGAUCAGUGACCCAAAAUGUAAACAAUAUAAGGGACCAUUUAGGUAAACAUAUGCGAAUUAACAAUGAGAGGCAACAACAAAAAGUCUAAACCUGCAUUCAUUUGGCUUGAGUUCUAAUGCUUCUCAAUACUUGAAAGUUGUUUCGUAACAAUGAUCGAUGUUGUGUAAGUGAUAUGCAUUUUUUUUGGCUGCUAAUAAACUAUCUAAUUUAUAGUAACAUUUUAGUGUAUGUGUGCUAGUGGGUAAGCUCUCUAAUAACUGAUAUGAAGACAAUAAUCAUGCGUGAGUUACCAUUCUUUGGCUUCGUACUCAGGACAAUGCAACCACAAAUAAUAAUAAUAGUAAGGAUAAUAAUUACAACAGUUAUGAGAAUGAUAAUUAUAGCAAUAAUCAAUAAGUGAAUGAACUAGAAUAAAAGGAAAUACACCCAAACAGCCUAACAAAGGAUCAACUACAAAUAUAGUACAAAAUAAACAAGGAUACCCUUG